UGCUAGUGGGCAUUUUGGUCGCUACAGCCGAAGCAAGCCCAAUAGUCUCUCUUGUCCCGAGUCCUUCGCCUGAGCCGCUGAACCCGAACCGAUCCAUUUUCACUCUCUAAACCCUACGCCCUCCUCCGCCGCCGCAUCCGGCCACCCUUCGCCGCCGCAUCCGGCCAUGGGUAGCAGGCUGGGCCGCCGCGUGCUCCACUUCGCCAACCUCCCCAUCAAGCUCAUGCUCCCCCCAGCGCCCCUAUCCUCCGUCCAGGAGUUUGCUGUCAGGACCGUCCCCUCCGCCUCCAAGGUCGACAUCCGCCGCUGUCUCGAGUCCGUCUACGGCUUCAACAUCGCCGAAGUCCGCACCCUCAACAUGGAGGGCAAGAAGCACCGCCGGGGGCCCUUCCUCGCCGCCAAGCCAGACUACAAGAAGGCCUACGUCACUCUUCAGGCCCCGCUCUCCGUUUCCCCCGACAUCUUCCCCAUCGGCGCGAUCCUCGGGGAGAGGGAGCGGAAGGCCAGCGCAGCCGCCGCGAGGAGGAAGGUCGUGGAAGGGGCAGAGGUCGAGGGGGAGAGGGAGGGGAAGGGGAAGCAUUGGAUGGAGGACGAGAGGGAGGGCUUCUCCAGGGCCGGAUGCGGCAAGAUCGUGUAUGGGAACCCUGGGAGGUUGGGGAACAAGAGGAGGGGACGUGCCAGGGCGAAUGAGCAAGCUGACGAAAAGGGGGGAAACUUCCCGUGGAACGGGAUGGGGCUGGCUACCGAGAAACCUGCUAGGAAAAGACACUAUCCUCCCAAGGCACAGGGAGGCAUGGUCUUGAAGCAGAGAUCACACAGGGGAUCAGCGCUGCGUGGAAAGAGUUGAGUUGUCGUUGCCUCAACCUGAGAGAGCACCGCGCCAUGAAACGCGAUGCAGUACGUGGAUCCAUGACUAAUCCGCCAGAUCCAUGCCGUUUUGCAGUCACACAAUAAAGAUGCGUUAAUUUAGUAUUUAUAAUUGGCUUUGGUUCCCUUUUACUUUGCUGUUAAAUCUUGUAGUGAUUUCAGUCUCUCAUGCACAUGGCUGGUCACACUAAGAGCAUUUCCUUGUCUAAAUUUGAUUGUCUUUAUGUCCAUAUAGACAAUGGUCUAAAAAUAUGGAAGCGAUGGUAUGGGUCA